AUGGACAGCAUGAGUACUGAAAAGAGCCAAAAUAGUAUUGUUUCAAGGAUCAAAGUUUUUGAAUCCCAAGGAAGUAAUGAUACCUCAGGAUUAUCAAAAAAGCCAGAAGUUGCCCCUCGUUCAUUCACCCCAAGACCUGUUACUGCAAAGAAGCCAGUAGUUGCUCCAAAGCCAGGGGUAAGCAGAAUUUCAGGAGACUGGGAUGCAUGGACAGAAAGCAAAUCAACACCUUCCAAGGAAUUUCCUCAACCUGAAGUAGUUGGGAGCAGUGUUGUAACCAAACCUGAACUGCCAAAGAAGCCAAAACCUGGUCUUGUUAAAAGUAGUAGUAGUGAUUUUCUUGAUGCAAGGAGUGUAUCAGUUGCAGAGAACAGCAAUGUACAAAAGAAAUUUCCUGUUCCUGCUCCAAGGCCUCUUGUUCCUAAAAAGUCACAAUAUGCAGAAAAUCCUGCCCUUUCUUUGGCCUCACUAAAACCAAUUGCUGCUCCCUCACGGGCUUCUGUAUCUGUCCAAGAAAAAGCUUUCAAGUCUCUAGGGGAAUUGUCACCUGCAGCCAACUCCUCAGCACCUGCUUUGCAAAACAAACUAGAUGUGGAAGGAGAUCUGAUCAGUUUUGAUGAUGACGUUUUGCCCCUAAGUCCAGCUUGUGUAGUUAAAGAUAGCACCAGUUCUGAAGCAGCAGCAGAUCCAUUUCAGUUCCUCACCAAAAGUGAACCUGCAAAGGAACAGACAACUCAACCAGCUUUAGCCCGGAAACCCACUGUGAUCCGAAUCCCAGCUAAACCCGGGAAACACUGUCUCAGUAUUUCCCGAGUUCCCUUCUCCCCUCCACACCAGCCUGCUGAAAAACCUAUUGGGAACACCUCCAAUAUCACAGUGGGAAAACUCAACAGUGGUGACCUAGUGAAAAAAGUGGAGUUGGAUCAUUCAGAACAAGGUGGAGUGCCUCAGCUAGAACCUGUACAACCCCCAAGGCCUGUGGAUGGAAAAAUUAUACCUGCUCGACCUCCCCCACCUAAAGGUGUUCCUGGAAGGCCACCUCCACCAAAACUCUCUGCAAACAAGACCACCUCCCAGAAGGAUGCUCUUUCACGAUCUACUUCUGACAUCGCUCCCGAUAAAAAACCCGGCAAGUUCAGACUGGGACCCAAGAGAGCAAAAAGUCAAGUCUUUAAAAAUCCAGAUCCAGCAUUACCUCCUAGACCUAAACCAGGUCAUCCUCUCUACAAUAAAUACAUGCUGCCUGUGCCUCAUGGAGUUGCCAAGGAAGAUGGUCUUCCCAGGAACUCUGGAGAACUGUCCUGUAAGGAUUCAAAUCACUCUCCAAAAGUUUCUGACGCAAGCGCACCUCAUGCUGUAGUCCUGCAUGAUUUUACUGCAGAGCAUGCUGAUGACUUGGACCUUCAUUCUGGAGACACCGUUUGUCUUUUGGAGAGAAUCGAUAGCGAGUGGUACAGAGGAAAAUGUGGGAAUCGCACAGGGAUAUUCCCUGCCAGCUUUGUUAAAGUAGUUAUUGAUGUUCCAGAAGACGGCAACAGGAAAAAAAUACCCUGUUCAUCACGAUGUGUUAAAGGCCCAAGAUGUGUAGCACGAUUUGAAUAUAUCGGAGACCAGAAAGAUGAGCUCAGUUUUUCAGAAGGUGAAACUAUUGUCCUUAAAGAAUACGUAAACGAAGAGUGGGCCAAAGGAGAGCUCAGAGGCGUGUCUGGAAUUUUCCCCUUGAACUUUGUGGAAGUAAUUGAAGAUCUGCCUGGAACAGGUACAGGAGCAGCACUGAAGAACAAGAUGGAGGUUUCUUCUUCCCUUCCUCAGAACAACAGACGCUCAGCAGAGUGGUGUGAAGCACUGCAUGAUUUUACAGCAGAAACCAAAGAUGAUUUAUCCUUCAAAAAGGGAGACUACAUCCAAAUACUGGAGCAAGUAGAUUCAGCAUGGUAUAGAGGAAGACUGAAUGAAGAGGAAGGGAUUUUCCCAGCAGUUUUUGUUCAGAUCUGCUCAGCCAAGGUAGAGAUGUCACAGUCUCUAGGAAGGAAGAAAGGAAAAGCCAAAGCUCUUUAUGAUUUUCAUGGAGAAAAUGAAGAUGAGCUUUCCUUCAAAGCAGGUGAUACAAUAACAGAGCUGGAAUCUCUAGACGAGGACUGGAUGAGUGGAGAGAUGCAAGGGAAGUCUGGGAUUUUUCCCAAGAACUUUGUUCAGAUUUUAAAAACACCGUGA